AUGUGUGCAGAGCUCAGACAUGCUGCUGUGCGUAAUCAAUUAUCAGCUUCUGACUUAAGCAUUCAUGCUGCAACGUUUCUUCCACCGAGGACAGGCUCAACUGAUGUGAUCAGUAUUCCUAUCAGACGUGCUAGAAUGCUUGAUGAAACAUCUGCUUCUAACUCAGGAACUCAUGCUUCAGCCUGUGUUCCAUUACGGGGUAAUUCUACGCUUGAUCAUUAUAUGCAUCCGCACAGUUCAAGCUCAUAUUCUAGAAGGAUGUUGAACUGCGAACCUGAUAGUAAUGAGCUCAUAAAUUUUUCUGCUUCUAGCUCAAGAACUCCUGCUGCAACAUUGCUUCCACUGCAGGAAAAUUUUCAUGAUGUACACAGACAUGCUGCAAUGCAUAAUCAGUUUUCUGUUUCUAGCUCAAGGAUUCAUUCUGCAAUGCUUCCUCCACUGCAGGCAAACAGAAGGAUCAGUUUUCCUACUAAACAUGCUGGAAUGUGUGAUGAAACAUCUGCCUCUCACUCACGAAAUCAUGCUUCAGCAUAUGUUCCGUUGCGCGAUAAUUCUAUGCCUGCACUAGAAUUUGCAGAACUAUCUCGGGGCCGACCUGGAUCAGAACAAUUCAAUCCACAGAUGCUGACGUGGGAUGCAGAAGCACAAGAAUUUGAAGAAUUACUAUCUCUGUGCCGACCUGGAUCAGAACAAUUCACUCCACAGAUGCUGAUGGGGAAUACAAAAGCACAAGAAUUUGCAGAAAUAUCUCGCGGCCGACCUGGAUCAGAGCAAUUCGAUCCACAGAUGCUGACGUGGAAUGCAGAAGCACAAGAAUUUGAAGAACUAUCUCUGUGCCGACCUGGAUCAGAACAAUUCACUCCACAGAUGCUGAUGCGGAAUACAAAAGCACAAGAAUUUGCAGAAAUAUCUCGCGGCCAACCUGGAUCAGAGCAAUUCAAUCCACAGAUGCUGACGUGGAAUGCAGAAGAAUUUGAAGAACUAUCUCUGGGCCGACCUGGAUCAGGACAAUUCACUCCACAGAUGCUGAUGCGGAAUACAGAAGUAGAUGUCAAAGGAAAGAGACUUGCAUCAGAAGUAAAGCAGAUAAAGGCGAAGAUCCUGAGGUUGAACGUUGCUUCUGUGGUUACACCGGUUGGACUUAAAAGUGCUGCAGCAGUUUUGAUUAGGGAUGGUAGCACGGCAAAGUUCAUGACUGCAUCAUGCUUUCGUACGACGCUGUACAUGGAUCCAGCUCUUCUUUUUGCAGCUGCUUGUUGUGAAGGGAUCAAAAGUGCUGUUCUCUUGUCUGAACCAACUACCAUUGUGCUGGAGUCCCAUCAGGCCCCUCUGCUUGAGCACCUAGCUGCCACUCAGAGUGGAGCGAGUGAACUAAUACAGCUGAAACAAUUUCUGCACUCGAAUCCGCCAUAUUUCAUAAUCCGGACUAUUUCAGAAGAAUCCAAUGGUGCUGCUUGUCAAUUGGCCCGUCAUGCUUUGCAAAUGAAGGAGUCGAAAAAGGUCUGCAAGGAUCCUCCUGAUUGGCUUAUCCCUUACUUAGAUCAAUGAGGUUAGUUACUCUGAGUUUGGAAAUGAUUCACCGGCAACUCAGCAGAAAGUUUCAACUAUAGCAUGCAUGGUGUAAUUGGCAGCUACAGCUUAAUUCUUUGAGUGUAGAUAUAGGCAAGUAUAGUUACAGUAACAUUCUUUGUACCGCACAUGCUACUGAUACAUACAUGAAUCGUGUGCUUUCUCGAUGUGAUGUGCACCUAGCUCUGAUAGA